AGAGGAGGCGGGGCAAGGUCUCAAAAGAAAUAGAAUGCUGUAGGGAAAAGAACCGCUAGGGAUCCUUUGGGGUCAACAAAGAGAGCUACAGAGCGACAUCGGGGGAAAGCAAAGGCGAGAGCGGAUUGUUUUAGAGCAACGUGAACAAUCGUGUCUGCGGGACACGUCGCGUCCCGCCUAGCCUGUUGAGCAGGUUGAAGAAGUGAGUCCGCCCCGCGGCUGUUUGUGCGUGCGGAUUUGCAAGGCGCGCCCCGGAGCUCCAGCAGAUCUGGAAACACGGUCCCCAGACACACCGGUCAACAGUGUCCUUGAAUUGAUAGUGGCUGUUGCUUAUCAGGACAGCAGUUCAGCCAGAGGAAAUCACAGCAGAGACAGCGCCAGCAUCAUGUUCUGCACAAAGCUCAAGGAUCUCAAGAUUACAGGGGAAUGUCCUUUCUCCUUACUGGCCCCAGGUCAGGUUCCUAAAGAUCCAGCAGAGGAGGUAGCAGGAGGUGCAGAGAGCUGCAAAGCAGCCCUGCCCAUCUGUCAAGACAUCCCUGAGAAGAAUGUACAAGGAGCACUUCCACAAAGAAAGACCAGUCGGAGCCGAGUCUAUCUUCACACUUUGGCAGAGAGUAUUUGCAAACUGAUUUUCCCAGAGUUUGAACGGCUGAACCUUGCACUUCAGAGAACAUUGGCAAAGCAUAAAAUAAAAGAAAGCAGGAGAUUUUUAGAAAGAGAAGACUUUGAAAAACUAAUUGCAGAUCAAGCAAUUGCAGCAGGGGUUCCAGCGGAGACCAUCAGAGAAUCCCUCGGUGAAGAGCUCUUUAAAAUUUGCUAUGAGGAAGACGAACACAUACUCGGCGUGGUUGGAGGCACCCUGAAAGAUUUUUUAAACAGCUUCAGCACCCUCCUGAAACAGAGCAGCCAUUGCCAGGAAGCAGAAAAGAGGGGCAGGCUUGAAGACGCAUCCAUUCUAUGCCUGGAUAAGGAGCAUGAUUUCUUAAAUGUUUACUAUUUCUUCCCCAAGAAAAUCACGUCCCUGAUCCUUCCCGGUGUCAUUAAGGCAGCUGCUCACACACUGUAUGAGACCGAAGUGGACGUGUCCUUGAUGCCUCCCUGUUUCCGGAGUGAUUGCACGGAAUUCGUCAAUCAGCCCUAUUUGUUAUACUCUGUCCACGUGAAAAGCACCAAACCGUCUCUGUCCCCCGGGAAACCCCAGUCCUCCCUGGUGAUCCCCGCAUCCCUCUUCUGUAAGACCUUCCCAUUCCAUUUCAUGUUUGACAAAGAUCUGACCAUUCUGCAACUUGGCAAUGGCAUUAGAAGACUGAUGAACAGGAGGGACUUUCAAGGAAAGCCAAAUUUUGAAGAAUACUUUGAAAUUCUGACUCCCAAAAUCAACCAAACCUUUAGUGGGAUCAUGACAAUGUUGAAUAUGCAAUUUGUCAUACGAGUGAGGAGAUGGGACAACUCUGUGAAGAAAGCUUCAAGGGUUAUGGAUCUCAAAGGCCAAAUGAUCUACAUUGUUGAAUCCAGUGCAAUAUUGUUCUUGGGGUCACCCUGUGUGGACAGAUUAGAAGAUUUUACAGGAAGAGGGCUCUACCUAUCAGACAUCCCAAUUCACAACGCACUGAGGGAUGUGGUCUUGAUAGGGGAACAAGCUCGAGCUCAGGAUGGCCUGAAGAAGAGGCUGGGGAAGCUGAAGGCCACCCUUGAGCAAGCCCACCAAGCCCUGGAGGAAGAGAAGAAAAAGACAGUAGACCUUCUGUGCUCUAUAUUCCCCUCUGAGGUGGCUCAACAACUGUGGCAAGGGCAGGUGGUGCAAGCCAAGAAGUUCAGUAAUGUCACCAUGCUUUUCUCAGACAUAGUUGGGUUCACUGCCAUCUGCUCCCAGUGCUCACCACUGCAGGUCAUCACCAUGCUCAAUGCCCUCUACACUCGUUUUGACCAACAGUGUGGAGAGCUGGAUGUGUACAAGGUGGAGACCAUUGGUGAUGCAUAUUGUGUAGCAGGGGGAUUACACAGAGAGAGUGAUACUCAUGCUAUCCAGAUAGCCCUGAUGGCCCUAAAGAUGAUGGAGCUCUCUGACGAAGUCAUGUCUCCCCAUGGAGAACCUAUCAAGAUGCGAAUUGGACUGCAUUCUGGAUCUGUUUUUGCUGGAGUUGUUGGAGUUAAAAUGCCCCGUUACUGCCUUUUUGGAAAUAAUGUCACUCUGGCUAACAAAUUUGAGUCCUGCAGUGUGCCACGAAAAAUCAAUGUUAGUCCAACAACCUACAGAUUACUCAAAGACUGCCCUGGUUUUGUGUUUACCCCUCGAUCAAGGGAGGAACUUCCACCAAACUUCCCCAGUGAAAUUCCUGGAAUCUGUCAUUUUCUGGAUUCUUAUCAACAAGGAACAGAUUCAAAACCGUGCUUCCAAAAGAAAGACGUUGAAGAUGGCAAUGCCAAUUUCUUAGGCAAAGCAUCAGGAAUAGAUUAGUGAGCAGCUUGUUAGUCUUUGGGUCUGACUCCUUCAAGAAUGUGUAGAGUUUCUGAAAGCACAUUAGAAUUGCAGAGACUCAAGAGCAGUAUUAAAAUUUCAGGAGCUAAGUCAUAAUCUACCCUUUCCCCAUUUAACAUGACAAAAAUGUAUUCCUUUCAGUACUUCAAUUCUUCUAAGAGAAACCUCAAUCAGUGACUUCUGAAGGUGUAUUUCUGUAAUAUAACAAUCACUUAACUGCCUGUACUCUGAAUUCAGCACGCAUUGUACAUAUAUCAGGCAAUUGUAGUCAACUGUACAGAGUGAUGCAGUCACCUGAAAUCUUGUGUGCUGGUGCAAUGUCAUGGUUACUAAAGUGUAUUUGUGAUAGUGUUGCCUUAAAAAAAUAUUGAAUAGAAAUUACAGUCCUAAAUAUUGUAAGUUUUUUCAACCUUUCAAAUUCUUCAUUUUAUUGCAUUUUCUCAUUUAUCUGUUAGUGUAUAUAACAAAAUAAGCUGAGCUUUUUUUCUCUGUGCAUCUUAUAUUUUUUGUGGUUGUUGUUCCUCUCUUUUUAGAAAAUAAGCAGUCAGAAGCAAUAUGUAAUAAAAUAGUUCUGUAAGUAUCAAAGAACAACUUUCAUUUUUUGAAGUUAAAAAUAUUCUUCACAAUACAAUGUCAUACAAUAAAUAUUUUCUUUUGUUUAAUUUUUUAUUCUACAUAUGGCAAAGGCUCUUUUAAUUCACACUAGCAAUUUAAUUUCUAUUAAAUCAUUAAGAUUCUAUUAAAUCAUUAAACUAUUCAUAACUUUUAAAAAAAGGCUUUUAGUCUAUAUUAAGAGGCAAUAAUAUUUUAAUUUAAUUUAGCCAGAAGUGAUAUGGGGUUCAAGUAUGCACAAUAAUAAAACAUUGUAUAUAUAUAUAUAUAUAUAUAUAUACACACACACACACAUAUGCUUGGAAUAAUUUAGACCUUCUUUAGCAGAAUCCUCUAUUGACAUGCUGAGCCAAAAAAGUUCCAAGAAGAAAACUGAAAUUCAGAAGUGAAAAAUAAUACUUCAUCAUUUCUUUCAACAGCUUUCUUAAGUAUUUGUGCUGAACAUUUUCGUGUUCAUAUACUAUGAAUCAAGUUUCCAUCCUACUAAAAAAAUGAUUGUGAAAUUUUUUUAUUCUAUUUGAAAUAACUUGAUUUGACUAUCUUGAUGAUAUUUUCUAAAAAGACUGGAAGUAUUUAUCAAGAAAAUGAUGCCAUGAUUUCAUUGUGAAAAUUUCAGAACAGUUUUCUGAAAUUUGAAGGUUUUUUGAUGUUUUGUUUUGUUUGUGGUACCCAAUGUCUCAUCUCUGCUAGACAAGUACUUUACCGUGGAGUUAUAAGCCCAACAAUAGAGCUUAAACUUCUAUUUUUAAUUAUGUCAGUUUAAAUUCUCUGAUGAAAUGAAAAAAUAUGCACAAUUUAGUUUGGGAAAAGGAUUUUAUUUUCAAAAGAGAUCAACUUGAAACCACGAGAAAACUGAACAUUAUAGUUUUUAAGUCAGCAUUAGCAGAUCCAUAGAUACAGUUAACUCUUAUUUGGGUUUCCAAGAAGUAGUUCAUUUUAAAAGCUCUUUAAUUUUCACCAUUAGUCCCCAGACUAGUCCAUAGUAACAUUAAUAAUAAAAGUCAUUUCUGAUUGGCCUCUACUAUCCCAAGGGUACCACUAUAGAUAAUACAAUGAUUACUAUUUAUUCAAUGAAACUUGAUGUCUUUUAGGACUGGAUGUGUCUCAAUAAACACUUCUCCCUGGUAUAGAGCUACAGGGUUGGGAAAAUAUAUUUACAAUGUCACAAUGAUAUGAAGUUGAUGAAAAUACACUUUUUCUUUCUGGACCUGAAACUUUAUUAUAGAGAAAAUAAUAGGAGCUCCAAGAAAUUUUUUAAAAACCCAUAAAAUACAAUGCCGUAUUUAUCAUAUAUAUAUAAUACUUCAUCAUUUGUUUCAACAGCUUUCUUAAGUAUUUGUGCUGAACAUUUUAGUGUGUGUGUGUGUGUAUAUAUAUAUAUAUAUAUAUAUAUAUAUAUAUAUAAUGAAUCAAGUUUCCAUCCUACUAAAAAUAUAAUUGUGAAAAUUUUACUUCUAUUUGAAAUAACUUGAUUUGACUAUCUUGAUGAUAUUUUCUAAAAAGACUGGAAGUAUUUACCAAGAAAAUGAUGUCAUGAUUUCAUUGUAAAAAUUUGUGCUCUAAAAAUUUACAAGUUAAUUAGAAUUCAAAAGUGUCUUGUUCAGGGCUGGGGUUGUAGAUCAGUGGUAGAGAUCUUGUCUAGCAUGUGCAAAGUACUAGGUUUGAUCCCCAGUACUGAAAACAAAACAAAACAACAGCAAAAAAGAAAGUAUCUUUCGUGUGGGUGUGUGUGUAUAUGAUGUUGAUAUGUAAAUGUACACACACACACACACACACACACAGCAUAAAUGGGGGGAAACGUAUAUAACCUGGGUAAAAAACUGUAUGACAAUUCCUUGUUCUAUUCCUGUAACUUUUCUAUAAUUUUGGCAUUUUAUCCAAAUAAAAAUUUACCAAAACA